UAUAAUACAUUAUUAUGGCGUCAUUCUUGUGUUACUUGAUGUCCACACGCUUGCUAUUUUUAAUUCCACUGUUGCAUGCUAUUGCCACUAACUGUUUUGCUUCUAGGCAGCCAGUACUCUGCCAUGAUGAUGAGAGCUCUGCCUUGUUGCAAUUCAAAAAAAGCUUUCACUGGAACCUGAAUUCUUGCGUUGAUCCUUCUGAUUAUCCACCUAAGAAUAUCUCAUCUUGGAAAGUGGAAGGGGUAGACACAGAUUGCUGCUCAUGGGAUGGUGUGGAGUGCAACGAGGAGACUGGUCAUGUGAUUGGCCUUGACCUCAGUAGCAGCUGUCUCUAUGGUUCUAUGCUCUCCAACAGCAGCCUCUUCAGCCUUGUUCAUCUUCGAAGGCUUAAUCUUGCUUAUAACCACUUCAAUUCCUCUCAGAUCCCAUCUGGUUUCAGCCGUCUUUCUCGGCUGACAUAUCUCAACCUCUCCAAUUCAUCUUUUUCAGGCCAAAUUCCAUCAAAAUUUUCAGAGCUUUCCAAGUUAACAUCCCUUGAUCUGUCAUUUAAUUCUGAGCUACAUCUCAGAAGUCUUCAAGGUUUAGUUCAAAACUUAACCGGCCUAAAAGAUCUAGGUCUCAGGUACGUUCAGAUAUCAUCUCCAGUGCCAGAAAUCUUAGGGAAUUUAUCUUGUUUGAGGACACUUUAUUUGACUGGUUGCGGAUUGCAUGGAAAAUUCCCUCCCGGAAUUUUCAAGCUACCGAAUCUACAGGAUCUUAGGGUGGUUUACAAUCCAGAUCUCAUGGGCUAUUUGCCCGAAUUCUACUCAAGCAGCCCCCUUAAAAUUUUGUCACUUUGGGGCACAAGUUUCUCGGGAAAACUACCAGAUUCAAUUGGAAACCUUAAUUCCUUGAAUGAACUAUGGAUUGGGGGUAGUAAUUUCUCAGGUCACAUUCCAUCUUCACUGGGUAACCUUACUCGACUCACUUAUUUGGAUCUUUCUAAUAACUCUUUUGUGGGCCAAAUACCUUCCUCAUUGUCAAACCUUAUUUCCUUGAAUUAUUUAGACUUCUCUUAUUGUCAAUUAUCAGGGUCAAUUCCACCUUCAUUUGGUAACCUUACACAACUUACAAUUCUAGAUCUCUACUAUAGCUUUAUUAGAAGCUCAAACCCUUCUUCCUUGUCCUGUCUUGGGAAGUUGAGCAAACUUACUUCUUUAAUUCUUCAAGGAAUCAAUUUAACAAUGGAGAUUCCAUCAUCCUUUGCAAAUCUAACCCAACUUACUUAUUUGGACAUGGGCAGUACUCAAUUAAUGGGUCGAAUCCCUUCUUGGCUUGCCAACUUGACUCAGUUAACUACAUUGCACCUUCCGUUUAAUAAAUUACAAGGCUCAAUUCCAAUCUCAAUCUUUGAACUCAAGAAACUUGAAAUACUCAACCUUUACUCCAACCACUUGAGUGGCACAGUGACUCUGGAAAUGUUUACUAACCUCAAAUUUUUAACCUCACUAGUUCUAUCAUUGAACAAAAUAUCAUUCCUCACCAAGACAAGUACCAAUGCAACACAAAAUAAAUUUGAGAUUUUAGGAUUGGGUUCAUGCAACUUGAGACAUUUCCCAAAUUUCUUAAGCAAACAAGACCAGUUCCAAGGGCUAGACCUAUCCUACAACAAUAUUCGAGGCCAAAUACCCAAAUGGGUAUGGAACACAAGUAGAGAAACUUUGAAGCUUGUGAACUUUUCUCACAACUUUUUUACAGGCUUUGACCAACAUUUUGAAAAAUUUUCAUGGCCUCAACUACAAAUUUUGGACCUUCGGUCCAAUAAUUUACGAGCAUUACCCCUAAUUCCACCACCAUCCACAUUAUAUUAUUUGGUUGCAGACAACAUGCUCCAAGGAGAAGUUUCACCAUUGAUCUGCAAACUUAGUUCUCUUCAUUCCCUUGAUUUGUCCAACAACAAUUUCAGGGGCACACUUCCACACUGUUUGAGCAAUUUUAGCAACACUUUGAGCAUAUUGAAUCUUCAAGGCAACAACUUUCAUGGCAUGAUUCCUCAGCUAUGUGCAAAGGGAAGUAGAAUGAAGAUGAUUGACUUGAGCCAAAAUCAAUUUGAGGGGCUUAUACCAAGAUCAUUAUCAAAUUGCAAAAUGCUAGAGAUUCUAAAUCUUGGAAGCAAUCAGCUCAAUGAUGUUUUCCCCUCUUGGUUGGGUACACUUUCUGAACUCAGGGUACUAAUUCUUCGACGUAAUGGACUUUAUGGUAUAGUGGGUAGUCCUACAACCAUCUUUGCAUUUCCCAAGUUGCACAUUCUUGAUCUUUCCUCAAAUAAAUUUACUGGUAAGUUGCCAUUUGAAUAUUUCCAAAGUUGGAAGUAUAUGAAGAAAAUUGAUGCAGAUAACUUCACAUAUAUGCUGGAAUUUACAAGUAUUCUAUCAUGUGGUUUUGAUGUGCCCCAAUAUUACCCUUACUCAAUGACAAUAAUAAACAAAGGCAGGGAAAUAAUGUAUUCAAAGAUCAUAGAAAUCUUCGUAGCUAUUGAUCUUUCAAGCAAUGAAUUCAAUGGAAAGAUUUCAGAAUUCAUUGGGAAUCUAAAUGGCUUCCAAUUGCUCAACCUUUCCAACAACAACCUCAUUGGUCAUAUCCCACUGUCACUAGGAGACUUGACAACACUUGAGUCGCUUGACCUUUCUCAAAACAAGCUCUCGGGACGAAUACCUUGGCAACUAACGCAACUCACUUUCCUUGGAUCAUUUAAUGUCUCGCAUAACCAACUCACAGGGCUUAUACCUCAUGGUAAUCAAUUUGAUACAUUUGAGAAUAGUUCAUUUGCUGAAAAUUUAGGAUUAUGUGGAAAUCCAUUAUCAAAGAAAUGUGAAAAUCAUGAGCAAGUGCCUCUGCCCUCUUCAGGCAUCAAAGAAGUUCAAGACUCUUGGUUUCACGUGGAAUUUGAUUGGAAAAUAAUCCUCCCGGGAUAUGUUAGUGGCCUUAUAAUCGGUGUGGUUGUUGGAAAUGUUGUGACUGAGAAGAGGCAAUGUUGGUUUGUAAGAACUCGAAGAAGGCAACCUAAAAGGUGAAGGCAUUCAUACGGGUUUGAAUCUGUCAUGAAUUGCUUCAAAGAAUUUGAUCUCUGUAUUUGCAUGUGGUACUUUUGUUAUUUUCUACCUUUCAUUUUUCUUGAGUUUCCUUGUCCUCUUUUCUUGUGCAUAUAACUUUUUGUCUUU